GACAGACUCUUUUUUUUUUAAACAAUCAAAUUCAAAUUGGUUAUUUUUUUGUUCAGCUUCUAUUGAGCUAAAGCAGCAAAGUAGGGUUUAUAAAGUUUAUUGCUUCCCUUGUUUCCAGUAACUUGCUUUGGCUCAAGAAUGUAUAAUUUUCCCGAGAAACAAACACAAGAAAAAGAAAAAGAAGCAGAAGAAGAGGAAAUUGUUUGCUUAGAUGAAUCUUUCUUUAUCAAUGAUGAUUACAAGUUGACAACUUUUACAUUUGGGUCUCAUGUUCUUCAGCUCCUCUGUCUCCAAUCUGCCUCUACCGAUUUUGAUUUGACAGGGCAACUGGUGUGGCCUGGUGCUAUGCUUUUGAAUGACUAUCUCUCAAAAAAUGCUGAGAUGCUACAAGGAUGUUCUGUUAUUGAGUUAGGGUCUGGUGUAGGAGUUACCGGAAUACUCUGCGGCAGAUUUUGCCGUCAGGUUGUGUUAACUGACCACAAUGACGAAGUCCUGAAGAUCCUGAAGAAAAACAUUGAGCUCCAUGAACCUGGUGCGAACGCCAACUGUUGCGCUGAACUAGCAGCUGAGAAGCUUGAUUGGGGAAAUUCCAUUCACAUAAACCAAAUUUUGGAGAAACACUCGGGAGGAUUUGAUCUGAUACUCGGAGCUGACAUUUGCUUUCAGCAGUCAAGCGUUCCGUUGCUUUUUGAUACCGCAGAACAACUUCUUCGCAUUCGAGGAGGAAAUUGUAAAUUCAUACUAGGUUACGUAUCCCGAGCAAAGAUCAUGGAUUUAUUAGUUAUUGAAGAAGCUGCUCGGCAUGGAAUGAAGAUCAAUGAAGUAACCGGAACCCGAACUGUGGUUGGAAAUCUUGAAGGGGUGAUCUUCGAGGUGUCCCUUUGAAUAAUCAAACAUGUUUUCAGCAGAAAACUUCAGCGCUGAAGAAAAAAGUGAGUCUGUAAGCACUCGAAGAACCUCAAGCAAGUCGUCGAAAAUCAAAAUCGUCACUAUUCAUCACAAAUGUUUUUCAAAAGUUUGUUUAAGAAUUGAAUAUAUGGAAAGAAAUUUACAGUUUA